AUUAUGGCUUAAAGUUUGGCAUUUUCAAGUGUUUGACAGAUGCAAAAGAUUUAAUGUAAAGUUUAAUGCAAAAUGAACAACAGGUUUUGUGUUCCGCAAUGAAUUAAUAAAAAUUGACUAGAUUUUUUUAACCAGCAUAUAGACAUGAUGUCGGUUGAGAAUCUUUGCGUUUACGGCAUUCAUCUAUCAGCGUUUGUUUCAGUUUGUUUCGUAAUGAAAGCGGAAGUUGGAUUUUAAAUGUGAUGUUUAAGUUGACAGCUGUGCGUCACAUUCCGAAGUUACAGCUUGAAUUGGUGACAUCCCGUUGCCGACGUGGCCGGCAUUGAGAAUGGUCCAUGUACUUGAAAAGUAGAAGCAUUUACACACGCAUGUACGCCAUGUACAUUGUGAUGGUUAUGGUUACAAUAAAACAAUAGAGAUAAUAUAAGUCAUCGAAUUUUGGAACAAAACAAGCCGGUUUUAUGUUACAAUUGGAUAUGUUAAUCACAACAUAAAUGUUCACACAAUAUGAUCAACUGGCAACAUCGAUUAGCAUAAACUACUGGAUGCAGGCUUUACAAUUAUCUUAAAGUUAAUGUGAAAGAAAGAUUUGUCACAUUAAUAUGCGGACCAGAAGGACAAUAGCUAUUCUUGGAGUGGGUUUGAUUCUUGCCUGCUGUGCGAUGAUCUAUUUAGUGAUGGAUCUAACUCUCUUCCCACCUGAACAAAAUCCCAAGUUUUCUGUGAAUGAUAAUCAAUGGCUCCACUUUGAGAACAGACUUGCUAAAUUGGAAAAGGAUUUUGACAAACAUCAUAAAGUUAUGAAUGCCCUGCAAGAGCAAGCAGCAAAAAUUAAGCACAAUUUUAUACCAGUCAUACAACCCUUUCAUUCAAAUAAUUCUGACAUUACAAUAUUGCGUUCAAGAAAGAGUCUUACAUGUAAUUUUAAUAUUCAAAAAGUACCAGAGGUUGAUAUACAAAUGUUAGAGAUGUACAAACAGUUGGAAUUUGACAAUCCUGAUGGUGGAGUUUGGAAGCAGGGCUGGAAUAUUGCGUACGAUGAGAAGCAGUGGCAUCCCAACAGGAAAUUAAAGGUGUUUGUUGUACCUCAUUCGCACAAUGAUCCUGGAUGGUUGAACACAUUUGAGAAGUACUACACUUUUCAAACGAGAAGCAUAUUGAACAAUAUGGUGACUAAACUUGGCGAGGACAGACGACGCAAAUUUAUCUGGGCAGAGAUAUCGUUUUUCAAACUCUGGUGGGAUGAUCAAUCCAAAGCAGUAAGAGACGAAGUGCGUCGUUUGAUACACGACGGACAAUUGGAGAUUGUGUCGGGUGGAUGGGUGAUGCCAGAUGAGUCUGUGUCCCACUGGAUCGCUCAGCUCACGCAAUUGACCGAGGGUCAUCAGUGGCUAAAGUACAAUCUCGAUUACACACCAAAUUCGGGAUGGGACAUUGAUCCCUUCGGUCUUUCUCCCACCAUGCCGUAUCUCCUGAAGGGUUCAGGUUUGGAGAAUCUUCUGAUACAGAGAGUUCAUUACUCGGUGAAAAAGAGACUAGCCAAGGACAAGAAUUUAGAGUUUCGCUGGAGACAGUUAUGGGACAAUGACGGCGCUACAGAGCUAUUCACACAUGUUAUGCCGUUUUAUAGUUACGAUGUGCCUCACACAUGCGGGCCGGACCCGAAGGUAUGCUGCCAAUUCGAUUUCUACAGGAUGCAGAACUUUGGUCUCAGCUGUCCGUGGAAGGUUCCGCCAAAGACUAUAACUAGAGCGAAUGUAGCGGAGAGGGCGAUGCUUUUGCUGGAUCAGUAUCGCAAGAAGGCGCAGCUCUUUAAAACCGACGUAGUGCUCGCGCCUUUGGGCGACGACUUUCGGUACACGCAUCUUACAGAGUGGGAAGCUCAGUAUGACAAUUACCAGAAACUUUUCAACUAUAUGAAUGACAAUCAGCAUUUGAACGUUGAGAUACAAUUCGGGACACUGAGCGAUUACUUCGAAGCAGUUAGAGAGAAGCGCAAUUUAAAUGAAUUUGCAACCUUGUCCGGCGAUUUUUUCACAUAUUCUGACAGAGAUGAUCAUUAUUGGAGCGGUUACUACACUUCUAGGCCUUUCCACAAACGAUUAGAUCGUGUAUUGCUGGGUUCUUUGAGAGGAUCAGAAGCCUUAGCUGCUAUAGCUUGGGCUAGAGGUAACGAUCAGCUGGUGGAAGGAAGUCUCGCGUCUCGUUUAAGCAAGGCCAGAAUGCUGCACUCUCUAUUUCAACAUCAUGAUGGAGUCACUGGAACCUCUAGGGACAAUGUUAUGAUAGAUUACGCCCAGAAGAUGAUAAUGGCAUUGAAUAGCUCGGCUCACGUACUUCAACAAUCAAUAACACACUUGCUGAAGACUCCACAAAUAUCAUCCAUAGAUGUGGAAGCUAUGUAUUUUUCAUUAGAUGAAACUAGAUCGCACCACACAAGUGCGGGUGAAAGGCACGUUCUUAGUCUCGGCGAUGAUAAUCCUUCGAGAAAGGUUGUCCUGUACAAUUCUCUCCCGCGGCAGAGAACGAAGGUGCAAACUUUGAUCGUGUCAACACCGUUCGUUAGAGUCACAGACCGCAAAGGACAGACCGUCAAAUGUCAAAUCUCUCCCGUUUGGAUCGGCCCGGCUGCAUUGUCCGCAGCUAGAUACGAAUUAUCAUUUCUAGUCACUGUACCAGGAUUCGGUGUUACUACGUACAUAGUUCACGCAUUACACAAAGCGUCAUACACGAAAGGAGUGUAUCCGGCCAAUGUGACAGUCUUUAAUACCGACAUCAGCAUCCCGUCGAUACCCGGUUUCAAUCAUCUGACGAUUCUACCACAUACGCAAGAAUUCUCAAUCACUCAACGUCCAGAACUGUCCGUCUCCUUCGGAAAGUCUGGUUUGUUGAAGGCUCUGCGAGUCGGCAACGCCACGUUUCCUGUGCAUUUGGACUUUGUGAAAUACGGUACCAGAGGUUCCGGCAAAGACAAAAGUGGCGCCUAUUUAUUCUUGCCUGAUAAGCCGGAACCAGAUCUGGUCUUUAUGGACGGCAGAGCGAUCAUUCAUUUGACAACCGGACCGAUUUUAUCGCGAGUGUUUAUAGAAUUACCGCAUGUGCGGCACAUAUGUACACUGUUCAAUUCUCCGGGUAGCGACGGACUCGGAUUGCAUAUACUCAACGAGGUGGACAUAACAGAAACGCAAAAUUAUGAACUCGCAAUGCGUUUCAAUACAGACAUAGCUUCCGGCCACCAAUUUUUUACGGAUUUAAAUGGACUCAACAUGAUUCGACGACAAAGGUUCCCCAAGCUCCCCACGCAAGGAAACUACUAUCCAAUGGCAGCAAGUGCAUAUAUAGAGGAUAAAAAAGCUAGAUUAACAAUCCUCACAGCGCAACCGUUAGGAGUAGCCUCUAUGGCGUCCGGGCAGCUUGAGAUCAUGCAAGAUAGAAGAUUACUUCAGGACGACAAUAGAGGCUUAGGGCAAGGCGUGAUGGACAAUCUGCUAACGAAUCAUAUGUUCACAUUAAUUCUGGAAAAGAAGGAGACGAAUUGUCCCUCUGCAGUGCCACCAGCGGAUCAUCCUGCAGGAUUAUUAUCCUUAAGCGGCCAUCUAACGUCGGAAGAAUUACUGCACCCAGUGGUAGCGCUACAUCCUCGUAAUUCUCUACCAUUUGAUCUUCACGCCCAUUUCUCGCCGCUACGAUACGAUCUUCCAGUAGACUUAAGCGUUAUCAGUUUCCGAGUGUUUCCCAUUCCCGAGGGUGCUGGCAAGGGUAUUGGUAUGGUGUUGCACCAAUCAGCCUUAGACACUUGCUUCAACAAUUCUCUCCUGCGACGUUUCAACAUGUCGGAAUCGGGAGAGAUCGAUUUAACCAAGUUUCUCAACGACAUGGAAGAUUGGACUAUAAGCAAAGCGCCCCUUACGUUCCACAAUGUUGGACCGUCUCUGAAAUCGCCCGUCGUAAACUUGUGUCCGCAUCAAAUAUUGCCAAUCUUAUUUCAUAAAACGCAAUCCUAAUCGAAGACGCAAGUAUUUAAUUCAGC